GGUUAGUAACAAUAACAUAAAUAACUCUCUAACUAAAUAAUCACACUUAAUGUCCCGAUUCGGUAAUAUUGGCUGGACCAGUUGAUAACAGUGUUCAGAUAAAUAAUUUAAUUGUUUACAAAUCUAAACCGACAAUAAUUUUGAAAGAAAAAUAUCAGCCGGUUUUUCGGUAUAAAUGGGGCUCGGGCUUCGAACGUUUAUUAUUACCCGUUGAAGACAUCUGAAAGAAGCUUCUUGGUAAAGACAUCCUCCGAAUCAACCACUAUGAAGUAUUUAGUUGUGCUUUCGCUUUGCUUGGCUGUUGUGAGUGCCGCGGCCCUGACCAAGGAAGAGAUCAAAGAGCGCUUGAAGGCCGCUCAUGAUAAAUGCCAAGCUGAUCCUCAAACCGCCAUCGAUGAGGCAGCUUUGAAAGCCUUCAAAGACUCAAAGGGCAAGGGCCAGCUUCCAGCCAACAUGGGACCUCACGAUCUUUGUAUUUCCAAAGCCCUCAAAUGGCAAAACGCUGAUGGAAAAGUCAACAAAGAGUUGAUUAAGGAAAGAAUCACUGAUAAUGUAGCGGACGCAUCUAAAGUCGAUGCUAUCGUAAACGAAUGUGCUGUUGACAAGGAAAAUGAGAUCGCCACCGCCGAGAAUCUCUUCAAAUGCUUGCUUAAACAUCACGCAACUGCCGUCCACGGCCAUUAAAUGUUCACUUCAUUGUGCCAAUAAAAUGAAUAAAUAAUUUCGUUAC